CUGGGAUUGAAAAAGCUAUGGUGACAAGCUACUGAGCCUUACCAAGGAUGGGAGUGGUGAGCAGCAAAAAGCAGGUGAAGGAGAAGAGUAAGGCCCGAUGGAGUCCUGUGAAGGUCAACACCCAGAGCAAAGCUCCCCCACCACUGCCGCCCUUGGUGCUGUUUAACCACCUGGCUCCUGCACCUCCGGACACAUGUCCAGACCAAGAGGAGCACUUCGUGGUGGCCCUGUAUGACUACAGCUCAGUGAAUGACAGGGACCUGCAGAUGCUGAAGGGGGAGAAGCUGCAGAUACUGAAGGAAGUUGGAGACUGGUGGUUGGCCAGGUCUCUCAUCACUGGAAGAGAAGGCUAUGUGCCCAGCAACUUUGUGGCCCGAGUGGAGACCUUGGAAGUGGAAAAAUGGUUCUUUAGAUCAAUUAGCCGGAAAGAUGCUGAGAGGCAGCUUCUGGCUCCAAUCAAUAAGGCGGGCUCCUUUCUUAUCAGAGAGAGUGAAACCAACAAAGGUGCCUUUUCCUUGACUGUGAAGGAUGUAACCACCCAGGGGGAGAUGAUCAAACACUACAAGAUCCGCUCCCUGGAUGAAGGGGGCUAUUACAUCUCCCCCCGCAUCACCUUCCCUACACUCCAGGCUUUGGUGCAGCAUUAUUCUCAGAAAGGGGAUGGUUUAUGCCAGAGGCUGACCCAACCCUGUGUGAGUCUGGCUCCCCAAAACCUCUGGGCCCAGGAUGAAUGGGAAAUCCCCCGGCAGUCUCUCAAGCUGGUCAGGAAACUCGGGUCUGGGCAGUUUGGCGAUGUCUGGAUGGGUUAUUACAAGAACAAUGUGAAAGUGGCCAUCAAGACCUUAAAGGAGGGAACCAUGUCUCCGGAGGCCUUCCUGGCAGAGGCUAACAUGAUGAAAACUCUCCAGCAUGAGAGGCUAGUUCGUCUCUACGCCGUGGUCACCAAGGAACCCAUUUACAUCGUGACCGAGUACAUGGCCAGAGGAUGCUUGCUGGAUUUCCUGAAGACAGAUGAAGGUAGCAGAUUGUCCCUCCCCAGACUGAUCGACAUGUCAGCCCAGAUUGCCGAAGGAAUGGCGUACAUCGAGCAAAUGAAUUCGAUCCACCGCGACCUGAGGGCAGCCAACAUCCUGGUGUCUGAGACCCUGUGCUGCAAGAUUGCGGACUUCGGCUUGGCCCGCAUCAUUGACAGUGAAUACACCGCUCAAGAAGGCGCCAAGUUCCCCAUCAAGUGGACUGCCCCAGAGGCCAUCCAUUUUGGGGUGUUCACCAUCAAAGCAGAUGUGUGGUCGUUUGGAAUCCUCCUGAUGGAAAUAGUCACUUAUGGGCGUGUACCCUAUCCAGGAAUGAGCAACCCCGAGGUCAUCCGCAGCCUGGAGCGCGGCUACCGCAUGCCGCGGCCGGACUCGUGCCCGCCGGAGCUGUACCGCGGUGUCAUCGCUGAGUGCUGGAGGAGCCGGCCAGAGGAGCGGCCCACAUUUGAGUUCCUGCAGUCAGUGCUCGAGGACUUCCACACAGCCACGGAGCAGCAGUACGAGCUGCAGCCCUAGGCCCUGACGCAGGGACACGCGUCCGGGGCCCGCGAGGCCCGGGGAUGGCUCACACCUGCGACCCAUCCUGUAGAACUGACCAGGCAUGGUCACCUCGCAGC